GACCAGACCAAGCAAAGUAUCUCUCUCAUCCAUAUUGUUCUCAAUUCUCACUCUUCUUCACUACCUUUCCAAUCUCCGGCAACAGAAAUCCAUUUCUCCGGUAACAUGAGUUCCUCUUCUUCUUCAUCUUCAUUAACCUCCUUAAAGUUCACGGUUAAAAGGCGUGAACCUGAGCUGGUUUCACCGGCUAGACCUACACCCCAUGAAUUCAAGUAUCUAUCAGACAUUGAUGACCAAGAGGGUCUACGUUUCCAAAUUCCGGUGAUACAGUUUUACCGUAAUGAGCUGGCAAUGAAAGGACAAGAUCCGGUGAAGGUUAUAAGGAAGGCAAUAGCAGAAACUCUAGUAUUUUACUACCCAUUUGCUGGUAGACUCAGGGAAGGGUCUGGCCGGAAGCUGAUGGUGGAGUGCACCGGCGAAGGUGUUGUUUUUAUCGAGGCCGACGCCGAUGUUAGGCUGGAGGAGUUCGGUGAUGCACUUCAACCACCAUUCCCUUGCUUGGAGGAGCUCCUUUACGACGUUCCUGGAUCGGGUGGUGUUCUUGGUUGCCCUCUGCUACUCAUUCAGGUGACCCGUCUGAUGUGCGGUGGCUUCAUUUUCGCCCUCCGUUUGAAUCACACCAUGAGCGACGCAGCCGGUUUGGUUCAGUUCAUGUCUGCCGUGGGUGAAAUAGCACGUGGCGUACGUGUCCCCUCCGUACCACCCGUGUGGGAGAGGGAACUCCUAAGUGCAAGAGAUGCACCACGUGUCACAUUCUUGCACCGCGAGUACGAUGAGGUGCCCGAUACUAAGGGCACACUCAUCCCUCUUGAUGACAUGGCCCACCGAUCUUUCUUCUUCGGUCCCGCUGAGGUGGCUGCCUUACGUAAGCACGUGCCUCCCCACCUCCAGUCGUGUUCCACAUUUGAGGUGCUGACGGCGUGUCUUUGGAGAUGCCGCACCAUCGCUAUCCAACCUGACCCGGAAGAGGAUGUGCGUGUGAUAUGUAUAGUCAACGCACGUGCCAAGUUUGAACCGCCGUUGCCGGCCGGUUACUAUGGCAAUGCAUUUGCUUUUCCGGUGGCGAUAUCGCCGGCGGCGAAACUGUGUUAUAAUCCAUUAGGAUAUGCGUUGGAUCUGGUGAAGAAAGCGAAAGCGGAAGUGACAGAUGAAUACAUGAGAUCUUUGGCGGAUCUGAUGGUGAUGAAGGGAAGACCCCACUUUGCUGUGGUAAGGGCCUAUCUGGUUUCGGAUCUGGUACAUGCCGGGUUUGGAGAAGUGGAUUUCGGUUGGGGAAAUGCAGUAUAUGGUGGGGCAGCAAAGGGUGGUGUAGGGGCAAUUCCUGGGGUGGCUAGCUUCUACAUACCGUUCAGGAACCAUAAAGGAGAGGAUGGGAUUGUGGUGCCGGUUUGCUUACCUGGGCCGGCAAUGGAGAGGUUUGUGAUGGAGAUCGAAAGCAUGAUUAGGGAGCCUCCCAUGGAUCGGAGUCAGAAUACUAAGGCCACCUUCAUCGUAUCUGCUUUGUAAAUUAAUGUUCUAAAUCUCCAAAGAUGUGGCACAGCUAGGGCUUUUCUUCCUUUUCCUUUUUUCUUUUUCUGUUUUGGAUAGCCAUGUAUAUAAUUUGGUGUGAUGAUCAUGAUGACGAUGGAAAGUUGAGAGGGUUUUUUUUUUCAAUUGUCACCUUAGCUGCUUGUGGAAUUUUGGAUGUUAUUAUAUCUCUCCGAGUGAAAUAAAUUUGUCUUAAAACAA